UUCCAUGGACAAAGGAUACUGUAUUUGUCUCCCAAAAGAAAUACGUUGGAUUUCUAGAAGAUUUCAUAAACUGACAAAUGCUGAGAUGAAUACCCAACAAGCACAGACAAACAAGGGAUGCAAAUGGCAAGUACAAUUUCUGUUCUUGGUCUUAUUGCUUUGUCAUUCAGUCUCUGCCCAGCUUCAAUAUUCCAUUGCUGAAGAACCGAGAAAAGAUUAUGUUAUAGCAAAUAUUGUGAAUGAUCUUGGAUUGGACAUUAAAGAGGUUAUAUCUCGGAAAUUCCGUAUUGUUUCCCGUGUGGCAGAGAAAUAUUUGUCUGUAAAUUUAGGAAAUGGUGACCUGUAUGUGAAGGAUAGGAUAGACAGAGAAAGACUGUGUCGGACUGCACCUUCCUGCUUCCUAACCUUUGAUGCAGUGGUUGAAAAUCCCUUAAAUAUUUUCAGUGUCAAAAUCGAAAUUCAGGAUAUAAAUGAUAAUUCUCCAGUUUUCUUUCCUGAGAUUUUCACUUUAGAAGUGAUUGAACUAACACCACCAGGAACUCAUUUGGUUUUACAAAAUGCAGAAGAUCCAGACAUUGGCAUUAAUGCUGUUCAGUCAUAUAGAAUUAGUGACAAUCAGUAUUUCAGAUUGAAUGAAAAGAUCAACAGUGAUUUGAGUAAAACUCCUGAGCUUGUGUUAGAGAAACCUCUAGAUCGUGAGACACAAAGUAUUCAUGAAUUAAUCUUAACAGCCUCUGAUGGGGGAAACCCCUUAAGGACUGGGACUGCUCUAAUUAGGAUUAUUGUUACUGAUUCCAAUGACAAUUUACCUGUGUUUACACAAGAAGUAUAUAAAGUCAGCAUAAGUGAAAAUGCACCAAUAAAUUCUACUGUAAUUAUUUUAACGGCAACUGACAAAGAUGAUGGUACAAAUGCACAGAUCAAAUAUUCCAUUAGCAAAAAAUCAGAAAACAACUUUUAUGCUAGUGUUUUUACUAUAAAUCCUAUUAGUGGAGAAAUUACAACAAAAGAAAGUUUAAAUUUUGAAAACACAGAACACUAUGAAAUGUCAGUACAAGCUAAAGAUGGAGGCGGCUUGGUAGCACAGUCCAAAGUUUUAAUAGAAAUUAUAGAUGAAAAUGACAAUGCACCUGAGAUAUCCAUCAGCUCACUAUCUACUCCUAUUUCUGAGGACUCAGCUCCUGGCACUUUGAUAGCCCUGAUUGAGGUUCAUGAUCAAGACUCUGGAGAAAAUGGAGAAGUUGACUGUCAGAUAGUUGGCGCAUCACCCUUUCAGUUACUUUCAUCCUCCAGCAGAUACUAUAAAAUUAUAACUGCAAGUGCCUUGGACAGAGAGAAGGUACCAUGGUAUAAUAUUACAGUUAUUGCUACAGACAGUGGAUCCCCUCAACUUUCCACCAUUAAAUUCAUCAAGCUGGAUAUAUCAGAUGUUAAUGAUAACUACCCUAUGUUUAUGAAAUCUACAUUUGUGGCCUAUUUGCCUGAAAACAAUCUACCAGGAGCUUCUAUAUACAGUAUACAAGCAUCUGAUUUGGAUAUUGGAGAAAAUGCUAAAAUUAUUUAUUCAAUUUCCAACAUAAAUACAGAGGAUUUUCCUGUGUCCCCUUAUUUCUCAAUUAACAUUGAGACUGGAGUUCUUUAUGCUCAGAGAUCCUUUGAUUAUGAGCAGCACAAGGAGUUUCACAUCAACAUAAUGGCUAAAGACAAUGGAUUUCCAUCUAUGAGUAGCAAUGCAACCUUGAUUAUCCACAUAAUAGAUCAGAAUGAUAAUGCACCACAAAUCUUGUAUCCAUCAACAGAAAGUGGUGGUUCUCCUUUUUUUGAGAUGGUUCCUUUUGCCGCUGAGCAAGGUUCUUUAAUAACAAAGGUCAUUGCGGUGGAUGCCGACUCUGGACAUAACUCGUGGCUUUCUUACCAUUUCAUACAAAUGUCGGACCCAUCCCCCUUCAGCAUUAGUCAGAAUACAGGUGAAAUUCAGACAUCACAUAUGUUUCAGGAGAAAGAUAUUUUAAAGCAUAAGGUGGUGAUUAUGGUAAAGGACAAUGGGUACCCUUCACUCUCAGCAACAGUUACUUUAAGCAUUUAUGUUGGUGAUCAUUUCCAGCAAAUGAUUCCCAAGCUCAACAAUCAGUUUAGUGAUGCAGAGUCAACAUCGAGUAUGCAAAUUUACCUGGUAAUAGCACUUGGUCUAAUAUCUUUGCUGUUUAUCAUAACUAUUGUGUUGGUUAUCAUUUCAAAAUGUAAGGAGUCCAAACCACCACCAGACUUUGCAACUUUAAAUCCGAAUUUAUAUUCACAAUUCGAUCCCAGGAUGUUUUCUAAAUACAAUAAUGGAACUUUGAGCCUUCCCUAUUCCUACAAUGUUUGCGUAGCUCUGGAUACCUCUGAAAGUGACUUCAGUUUCCUAAAGCCAAAUCAGGAUGUCCCUGUAGACAAUCUUAUUGAUGCUGAUGAUGUUUCAGGAAUUGGAAAUGAAAGUUCAAAAGAUAAUUUGUCACAAUCACAGGUGAGUCGUUUUAAUAUGUUAUAG